CUGGGAGAGGAGGCACUCCCCCUCUCCUGCAUCGGGGGAACAUCGAAGAGCCAGCUCCACCCUCUGCAGAGAUGUUCUCCAUGAAGAUCCUCUGCCUGGUCCUGUGUGCGGUGGGCACAGUCUGGACUGUGGAUCCUGGCGAGAGUACAUUUAUAGAUGAAGGAGCAACCGGGCGUGGCCCAAGGGUCGUGGAUAAACCUCGAUCUUCCUGCAAAGAAACAGAGUGGCCCUUCUGCGCGGAUGACGACUGGAACCAAAAAUGCCCUUCCGGCUGCAGGAUGAAAGGGCUGAUUGAUGAAAUGAAUCAAGAUUUCACAGACAGAAUGAAUAAACUUAGAAAUUCACUAUUUGAUUAUCAGAAGAACAAUAAGGAUUCUAGCUCUGUGGUCACAAAUAUAAUGGAAUAUUUGAGAGGAAACUUGGCCGCAGCCAACAACUAUGACACCACGUAUAACCAAGUGUCCGAAGAACUCAGAAGCAGGAUCGAGGUCCUGCAGCGCAAAGUCAUAGAGAAAGUGCAGCACAUCAAGCUUCUGCAGAACAACGUCAGAGCUCAGCUGAUAGACAUGAAACGCCUAGAGGUGGACAUUGACAUCAAGAUCAGGUCGUGCCAAGGGUCUUGUAAUAGGGUUUUGUCUCAUGAGGUCAAUCUAAAGGACUACGAAGAUCAGCAGAAGCAACUUGAACAGGUCAUUGCCAAAGACUUACUCCCCCCGCCAGAUAGGCAAUAUUUACCGACGAUAAAAAUGACCCCAGUGGCAGACUUAGUUCCUGGGGAAUACAGGAGCCAGCUGCAGAAGGCCCAUCCAGAGUGGAAGGCGUUAACAGAAAUGAAGCAGAUGAAAAUGGUGGUAGAGAAGUCUGGGAGAGGUGAGACUGCCCGAGGAGACUCUGCAUCUUUCGGAACAGGAUCAGAGACAGGAAGCCACAGGAGCCCUGGACAUGGAAGCGAAGGACCCUGGACUGCUGGGAGCUCUGGAUCGAGUACUAGUCAUUGGACUUCUGGAAGCUUUGGGUCUGCAAAUGUUGGCACUAGAAACCCUGGCAGCUCUGGACCCGGAAGUAUCAGACCAGAUAGCUCAGGCCAUGGAAGCCCCAGGCCUACCCACCCAGACUGGGGUACAUUUGAAGAGAUUUCAGGAAAUGUGGGUCCAGGGACAAAGAAGGAGUUCCACACGGAAAAACUGGUCACUUCUAAAGGAGACAAAGAACUGCUGAUUAGUAACGAGAGGGCCGCGUCUGGUAGCAGCAGUAGCACGUCCACCGUGCGUCGUUCUUGCUCCAAAAUCGUCACCAAGACUGUGAUAGGUCCCGACGGCCACAAAGAAGUGGUCAAAGAAGUGGUGCACUCUGAAGACGGCUCUGAGUGCCCCGAGGCACCCGAUCUAGACUCGAUGCACUCUUUCAUGUCCAGGGGCAGCCUGGAUGAUUUCUCCUUUAGGCACCCUGGCGAAGCAUCGUUCUUUGACACUUCCUCCACGGGGAAAGCAUCAACAUUCCCAGGUUUACUUUCACCAUCUUUCAAAGAGUUUGGCAGUAAGAGCCAGGCUAUGGGCUCUGAAUCGGACUUCUUCACAGAAGCAGGGGGAGCCAGUUCUCACCACAUGAGCGUCCCUUCCAGUGGCAAGACCACAACGCAUAGAAAGAUAGUCACCAGCCACACAGCGUUCAACAGAGGAGGCUCCACCGUCGAGAGCAAAGGCUACAAAAUGGCAGAUGAGGCUGGAGGGGAAGCCGACCAGGAACUCAGACACACCUAUACCAGCAGGAGAACCCAUGCUAAAGUGCGCCCUUCCAGAGACUGUGAUGAUGUCCUCCAAACACAUCCUUCAGGUGCCCAAAGUGGUAUUUUCAAUAUCAAGCUACCGGGAUCCAGUAAGAUUUUUUCUGUUUAUUGCGAUCAAGAGACCAGUUUGGGAGGAUGGCUUUUGAUCCAGCAAAGAAUGGAUGGAUCACUGAAUUUUAACCGGACCUGGCAAGACUACAAGAGAGGUUUCGGCAGCCUGAAUGACAAGGGGGAAGGAGAAUUCUGGCUAGGCAACGAUCGGCUCCAUCUCCUAACGCUGAGGGGCUCCGUUCUUAGGGUGGAAUUAGAAGACUGGGCUGGGAGAGGCGCUUAUGCAGAAUAUCACUUUCGGGUGGGCUCCGAGGCAGAAGGCUAUGCCCUGCAGGUCUCCUCCUACGAGGGCACCGCCGGGGAUGCUCUGAUUGAAGGCUCCGUGGAGGAAGGAGCAGAGUACACGUCUCACAACAACAUGCAGUUCAGCACCUUUGACAGGGAUGCAGACCACUGGGAAGAGAACUGUGCAGAAGUCUAUGGAGGAGGCUGGUGGUACAACAACUGCCAAGCAGCCAAUCUCAAUGGCAUCUACUACCCUGGGGGCCCCUAUGACCCGAGGAACAACAGUCCUUACGAGAUUGAGAACGGAGUGGUGUGGGUCCCGUUCCGAGGGGCAGACUACUCCCUCAGGGCUGUUCGCAUGAAAAUCAGACCUCUGAGGACCCCAUAGACUGAACUGGCGGGAGCAGGAGCGCUCGGUUCUUUUGUUUGUUGAGCAAAGUGGAGGGAAAAUAAGGAAGAUGAGUCAAGAUUCUUCACAGCCAACUAAAAAACUCCCAGGUGCUAUUUUAUCAUUCUUUGUACUGUAGCUAAAUGUAACUGAGAUAUAUUAGUGCUUUCCAAAAUAAAGUUACAUGAGUUUUUUAAUCUUUAAA